CGAGCUCAAUGACGCGAAAUUCAGCGAGCCGUUGCCAUGGAUCGGCCUCUACAUAGCUGGAGCUUCACUGGUGUGCUCACUUGCCAUGGCAAUCGACACCUUUUAUGGGUUCCGUCAACGGAAGCCCUGGUUCCCUUGCAAGUUCUUCUCACUUAAUGCUACUUCCUUGACCCUCUUGUCCAUCGCCACAAAACUGCCCUUGGAUCUGAACACAUCCAUGCCACGCCGUCAAGAUCAGCUGACCAAGCUCAGCGGAACCAUCCUGAUUUGCACCGCAAUGGGCAACUUCAUGACCUCUCUAGGAACUAUGGAGGACUCCGAAAUGCUCUCAAACAUUGUCGCCUUGGCUAUUCUCGUGAUCACCAUGGUCGUUAACAUCGGUAUUCAAAUGGGUACUGGUGUGAUCUAUGCUUUCUUACCCGAGCAUGCCGUAAUCAUGUUUUUCAUCAUCAUUUUGCUCAUGAUCUUGGCUUUUUCCGGUUUAACAAUUCCAACAGCCAAGCAGUUGCUGGAACAACAGUAUGAUAAAAAGCAUGAACUGGCUUCUGAUGAAGGAGCAGACAACACUGAGGUGUUGAGAGUUGAUAAAUUGAAAGAGGCUGUAAACAAGUAUUGGAUGAUGGCCCAUACUUGUAGUCCUCAGUACGUUCUGGGACGCUCAGCCACUUGCACUGCCUCGGGAGCUUUCUGCCUCCUCAGUGCACUGAUUUUAUUGGAAGUUUUAGUCAGAUCGUUUAUUUUAUCAUCCUUGGACUUCUGCAGCGGGGAAUCCGACUACAGGUGGUCAAGUAACUUCAUCUUAAUUUCUCAGGUGAUCGCAGUAGGAGUUGGUACCAUUGCCCCAGCUAUUAGAUGGUUCAAUGCUAUUAGCUUCAGAAGUAUGAAGAGCGGAGAAGGAAGGUUCAGAGAUGCGAUUAAGGUAGAGGGGUACUGGGUUCAGAGGCUGGUAGAAUGGAAAGAGAGCCCUUUACCAUUCCGCAUUAGUAGUAGGCGAUGUAGGAAAAUCGCCCAUGUCUCAAAAAAUCAAAUUCUGGAUGCCUGUAUCGGAAUACAAACUGCGGUAGUACUAAUCUGCAAGUUCAUUUGCCUGGCUUCUAUACUGCAAGUGAGUUGGCUCACUAGACUCUUCUCCUGCUGCCGCAAGCAGCAUUGGAGGAAUUCGGAAUCCAGGAAAUCAGAGUCGCAAAGCCUGCUGGAUUUUGUAUUGCAUCUGGAAGGGGAGAACGACUUGGUCCAUCUGAUCAUGAAAAGCGGCCGCAAAGACACGGUGCAAUGGAUUGAGAGGGGCAGGAAGAAUGAACCUACUCAUCUGAUUGAACUUCUAAAGAAGCCACCUUCAUCAGGAGAUUUCAACGGCGUGGCUGAGUUUGAUAGCGACCAGGUUCCACCAAUUGGAGAGAAGCCUCCAAACUGUUGGGCUCUGCCUCUGGUUACACUCACAAGCAUUGCCAUCGCACUUCCCUACAUUGACAAAAAUAUAAUCAGAUCAUUACGGCAUGCCGUAGAUGAAGGCCUCAGGUAUGUAAGGCUUAUAGAAGAGAACCUGGAUGCCAAUGGGUUGAGUAGAAUGAGGGAGGCAGCGGAUAUAGUCUGGCUUGGCAUUGAUAUUUAUGAUCAAUGGCUUGACAAGGAUCUCCACAAAUUGGUCACUGAAGAAAAACAAGCAGAAAAGAUAAUCCGAAAACUUGCCAAUCUAGGAAAGGAAAGCAUUGAGACGUUCACAGAUGGAAGCGUCAGAGAGACAGGACACCGUGAAUGGCCUGCAAAGUUAUUGGCAGCCAAUUCGAUGUACAGGAUCGGUGAGACUAUUCUGCAGGACUACAAAGACAAGCUUGGGACUGUUGACAAGUUGUUCAAAUGGUUACAAACAACCAUUGCUGACAUAUUGGGCGCUUGCCUUACCAACCUGCCACAAGUGAUAUCCAUGGAAUGCUUUUGCAGCAGCAUUGAAGUGAGGGAAGAAAGAGUCAGGGAUGCAGCAUAUCUUCUCGGUGAAGCUGGAAGUAUUCUGGCAAUUUUAGGAGAGCACAAGUUCCCAGAUUUGGACCCCAAUAAGAUGGCAGAUAUUGACGAAUGGCGUUUAAGCAAGCAGGGAAAACCUCCAAGUCUCCCUUCUUCUCCUGAUAAUGUCUAGUUUAACUUCGAAUUGCCUUCAUCCAUUGUGAAGGAAUUUGAAGCACGGACCUAGAGAAUGAAAGCAGAUCAUCAUUCAGUUCAUAGUUGGUACUAAGAUAAACUUAGUAAUAUAGUCCUCGUGUGGCUUUUUGUAUUACUAUAGUGUGCAUCGCAUCUAGAAUGCAUUACUCAUCAAGGCAGUUAAAUCUUCAUGCAUGGGAUUUAAAUGAAAAUUAUAUAUAUAUA